ACUCGUGAGUCGGACACAGGUGGGGCCCCUUCCGCCAUCGCCACUCGUCGUCUACUCGUCUUCCUCGCGCAUCCGUUCCAUCAUUCACAUGGCGUUGGCGAUGGCGAUGCGACGCGCGGCGGCGCUCGGCGCCCGUCACAUCCUCGCCGCCUGCGCCUCCCCCUCCUCCCGCGUUGUCCCCCGCUGCCACAUGAGCGCGGAUGCGGGCGCGGCGAUGGAGAAGAUCCGGGCGGCGGGGCUGCUCAGGACGCAGGGGCUCAUCGGCGGGCAGUGGGUCGACGCCUACGACGGCAGGACCAUCGAGGUACAAAAUCCAGCAACGGGCGAGGUCCUUGCAAACGUGUCCUGUAUGGGCAGCAGAGAAACAUCUGAUGCAAUAGCUUCAGCUCACAGUACAUUCUAUUCUUGGAGUAAACUCACUGCAAGUGAGAGGAGCAAGGCACUUAGGAAAUGGUACGAUCUAAUUAUUUCACACAAGGAAGAGCUCGCACUUCUCAUGACAUUGGAGCAGGGGAAACCUAUGAAAGAAGCCCUUGGUGAGGUCAAUUAUGGUGCAAGUUUUAUAGAAUAUUUUGCUGAGGAAGCAAAGCGUAUAUAUGGUGAUAUUAUUCCCCAGUCUCUAUCUGAUCGUAGACUAUUGGUUCUGAAGCAGCCUGUUGGGGUAGUUGGAGCUAUCACACCAUGGAAUUUUCCUUUAGCAAUGAUAACCAGAAAGGUUGGACCAGCAUUGGCCUGUGGCUGCACUGUUGUUGUCAAACCCUCAGAGUUCACACCUCUGACAGCAUUAGCUGCAGCAGACCUUGCUCUUCAAGCUGGAAUACCCGCAGGCACACUAAAUGUUGUGAUGGGUAAUGCUCCUGAGAUAGGUGAUGCAUUACUGCAGAGUACACAGGUCAGAAAGAUCACAUUCACUGGAUCAACAGCUGUUGGCAAAAAACUGAUGGCAGGAUCAGCAAAUACUGUGAAAAAGGUUUCUUUGGAACUUGGUGGGAAUGCACCUUGCAUUGUUUUCGAUGAUGCAGACAUUGAUGUUGCUGUUAAAGGCAGUCUUGCCGCCAAGUUCCGUAACAGUGGACAGACGUGCGUUUGUGCAAAUAGGAUAUUGGUGCAAGAAGGUAUCUACGAAAAAUUUGCUAGUGCAUUUGUCAUGGCUGUUCAGAGUUUGCAGGUCGGCAAUGGGCUCGAAGAGAGUACAUCACAGGGUCCUCUGAUUAAUGAAGCUGCUGUUCAAAAGGUAGAGAAGUUCAUAAAUGAUGCGACAUCAAAGGGAGCAAACAUCAUGCUAGGUGGCAAAAGGCACAGCCUCGGGAUGACAUUUUAUGAGCCAACUAUAGUAGGGAACGUCAGCAAUGAUAUGCUUCUUUUCAGGGAAGAGGUCUUUGGUCCAGUUGCACCACUUGUACCUUUCAAAACUGAGGAAGAAGCAAUCCAUAUGGCCAAUGAUACAAAUGCGGGCCUAGCUGCAUACAUAUUUACAAAGAGCAUUCCUCGUUCAUGGCGUGUUUCUGAAGCUCUUGAGUACGGCUUAGUUGGUGUGAACGAGGGACUGAUUUCAACAGAGGUAGCUCCGUUUGGUGGAGUUAAACAGUCUGGUCUUGGGAGAGAGGGAUCAAAAUACGGCGUUGAUGAAUACUUGGAGCUCAAGUAUAUCUGCAUGGGCAACUUGAACUGAGACUUGAGGUCGGCCUUGUUAGAAACACCUACCUGAUGAUGAGCGGAGAAACAGAGGAGGCAGAAGCGUUGAGUUGCACAUCUUUAAAUCGAACAAGAGGAGGCCACUGGCUGUAGUACAGGUUAGAAUAAAUUAAGAUAAUGAGCUGCGGAGCACGAAUAAAAAAGGCCCUGAUGAGUUGUAAUGAUGUGAAUCAUAAAGCACCUGAGGCGUUCGCUCAGCAUCUCUGCUAUUGGGUGGGUGUGGGCAUCCUUAAUGAAAAAAAAAAAGAUCUACUCAUCAUCGAUGGUGUCUCUAAAGAUGAUCAUGCUGCAAAAUAAAAGGUUUCUUGGGGUGGAGGUGGAUGAAUCAUGUCGGAUGUGCUGCAUCUUUGGUAUAUGCACAUUAUCGAUCCCUGAUUACUGCACAACAGAAGGAUCUUGUACUGGAUUUUGGAUCUGACAUGGUGGUCGGUCUGGUAGCCAUGCACAUCUUUGAUUCAACCUUGGAAUUUUGAAACUCACCAUUGUUACAAAAUUCAUUAUAACACCCCUGUUUCGUGUACUGUAUUAUCAGUGCCCAGUCGAUUCGCAAACAAGAUACAUGAUCGUUAUGGAAUUUCAGAUGAAUAUACAUGCUCGAGGUAACUA